AACUAUAUUUUGUAUGCAUAUCACUUCGCGUUACGAAACUUCUCCAGUCGAUUAAUUUCAUAUAUAUUUUCCUACCAUCUCUUUCGUCUUCAUCUUUCUUUCAAUCCAAGUUUAAUUAGUAGGAAACAUGAGCACUGAAGCCGGUGAUCAACAAAGACAAGCCCCUCGUUUGAAUGAGAGGAUCCUUUCAUCUUUGUCCAGAAGAUCUGUUGCUGCCCAUCCUUGGCAUGACCUCGAGAUAGGACCUGAAGCUCCAAACAUUUUCAAUGUUGUCAUUGAGAUAACAAAAGGAAGCAAAGUCAAGUACGAGCUUGACAAGAAAACUGGUCUAAUUAAGGUUGAUCGGGUGCUAUAUUCAUCAGUUGUUUACCCUCAGAACUAUGGCUUCAUUCCUCGAACGCUAUGUGAAGAUAGUGACCCUAUGGAUGUAUUAGUCCUCAUGCAGGAACCUGUCCUCCCAGGUUGUUUCCUUCGAGCUAGAGCCAUCGGACUGAUGCCUAUGAUCGAUCAGGGAGAGAAGGAUGAUAAAAUCAUAGCAGUGUGCGCUGACGAUCCAGAAUAUCGCCACUACACUAAUAUAAACCAGCUUCCCCCUCACCGCCUCGCUGAAAUCCGCCGCUUCUUUGAAGAUUACAAGAAGAAUGAGAACAAAGAGGUUGCUGUUAACGACUUUCUGGCUCCAAAUACUGCCGUUGAGGCCAUCCAGUACUCCAUGGACCUUUAUGCUGAAUACAUAUUACAAACGUUGAGGAAGUAAAUGGAUAGUAGCAUGGUAACUGAGCAGUUAUGGGUAUCUAUAUUGGAAGUGAACACUGUCACAAAUUAUUUAAAUAAUUUUGUUUUACUACCACAGACUUUUGCAGAGGAUCAUCUUCUGCUACAGCCGGCUUCUUGAUGUAUUUUCGACUUUAUUCCAAAUCAAUGCUUGUAUUUCUUA